CUGAACAGGGGACCGCGACCCACGCAGGCCAUGUCCGGGGACUCCCCAGCACUGUGGGAGCUAGUGGAGGAGCAUGUUCCACUCCCAGAGCGGCCUGAAGUGAAGAGGAUUCUAGGGGAGGCAGCAGUGGACCUGAGCCUGGAGUUGCGAGAGGAGGUGGCGAUGUUAAAGGCUCUGCUCCAAGAGAUCCAGUCUUCUCAAGUUUCGGGAUCCCACCCCAUCUCUGCCUCUCCCUCCCUUCUGGCACCUCCCCCUCUCCUGAGGGACCUCAUGCGCCAAGAACUCCGACAGUUGCUCCAAGGCCUCCGCCUUAAGGCUAUCUGUGAGGGCAGGGACCAGACCCAGGUGUGGGCCAAGUAUAGUCCCAGGGUCCUUCACUUUGCCUUAGAGGAGCCCAGGUGUGACUCAUCACAACCGGAACUAUUCCCGAUGAAAGCUGAUAAGCCCAGGACUAUGACGAGCAACACAGAGAGGGUGACGUUAACCUCACCUGUCGGCAGCCGUCACAGGGACCUGAGUGUCAUCAAGGACCAACUGAAUGUGUCUAACAUUGACCAGGUUAUCAGACACCUGAGGAGCCUCCUGGAGGAGGAGUGUCGCAUGCUGCAGAGAGAGGCCUCUGACCUGCAGCACUGUCUGGAAAAGGAACAGAUGCAAGCUUACCAGUCCUCCAAGGCCGCCCUAAUGCCCACCCUGGCAGAGAUAAAAGAACAGAAGGCGGCCAUGGAACGGGAGCUACAGGUCUCUCUGGGACCUUCCUGUACCUCCUCCAAGCACAGGCAGAAGCCCUUGAGGUCAUCCGUUCUGGGCCUCAGAUCCUUUCCUUGUCUCCAUGGCUACAUGCCUACACCUCCUUCGGAGCGCUGCCCCCACCCUCAAGGUCAGACAACCACCCAUCGACGAAGACUUCGGUACUUCUGCUGGGAAGAGCCAACUUCCGCAUCAGUGUCUGGGACAGCAUCCCAGGCCCCAACCUGAAGGGCUGGUCCCCAAACAGGCUACUGCUUCUGCUUCAACUCGCCUAUCUGUUGUUGCCUCCA